AUGAGAGUCCGUCCUGGCGGUGUAAAUGACCACUUUGUGUCCGUGUCCCUGCUCUUAGCGGGGAACCCUCAGGGCGCCAACUGCAGGGAAGGGGCGGGGCUUUGUUUCUGUGAAUGUGUGCGUAGAGCGGGGUAUGACAGCGUCUUUGUUGGGAGGGGUUUGGCGCCCAGAGGUGGGAGGGGUUAGGCGGAGGUGAGGGUUGUUUUGUAAGGCCGUCAGAGAUGGCGUGAGUCGAGGGCAGUGGGGGGUCAUUGUACCCGGUUCAUUCUGCCGCCACAGCCCGCCGCCGCCGCUGAAAGGACGGAUUAGAGAGAACGCCAGAGUCUUUAUCCGUGAACGCACACACACACACACACACACACACACACACACACACUGACUCACACACACACACACACACACACACACACACACACACACACUGACUCACACACACACUCAGACACACUCAGACACACUGACUCACACACACACACACACACACUGACUCACACACUCAGGCACACACACACACACACACACACACACACACACACACACACUGACACAGACAUGAGUGAAUUCAGUGAAUCGAUGUUUUGAUUCGUGCGAACACGAACGUGGAAACGUGAACGAGUGUUCAUGUUGGCGCCCAAACUGACUCCUCCCCCAACGAGCAACAGAAAUCUGCUCCAAACCUCAGACCGAGAAUUUGGAUCUGACUCAGUCUGUUCGUACUCCUCUGCACUGACUCACUGACUCACUGACUCAAUGACUCACUGAUUCAAAGACUCAGAGUCUCACUGACUCACUGACUCAAAGACUCAAAGACUCACUGACUCACUGACUCAAUGACUCACUGACUCACUGACUCAAAGACUCACUGACUCAAAGACUCACUGACUCACUGAUUCACAGACUCAGAGACUCACUGACUCACUGACUCACUGAUUCAAACACUCACUGACUCACUGACUCACUGACUCAAAGACUCACUGACUCAAAGACUCACUGACUCAAAGACUCACUGAUUCAAAGACUCACUCACUGACUCACUGACUCAAAGACUCACUGACUCACUGAUUCAAAGACUCACUGACUCACUGACUCAGUCUUAAAGAUUCAGACUCAAAGACUUAUUAGUUACAGAUUAAAUGAUUCUCCGUGUUUGGUGGCGUUCAGGAGGACUCCCCGUGUUCAGUGGCGUUCAGGAGGACUCCCCGUGUUCGGUGGCGUUCAGGAGGACUCCCCGUGUUCGGUGGCGUUCAGGAGGACUCCCCGUGUUUGGUGGCGUUCAGGAGGACUCCCCGUGUUCGGUGGCGUUCAGGAGGACUCCCCGUGUUCGGUGGCGUUCAGGAGGACUCCCCGUGUUGGGUGGCGUGUUGGAGCGCCGCAGAGGUCCUGAUGUUUUCCAGCGUCUCCGUGGCGGUUGCUGA